GGUCGAAUUAAAAAUGGCGGAUUGCGUACAAGAUAGAAUCGAUCACUAUCAAAAUGUAGAAAACACUAUGGAUCCGUCUAAUUUAGAUAUAAACGACGAUUUCGAUCCGUUUCCGGAUAAAAAUGAAACAACUGAAGAUGAAGGUGAUGGCUCGAUAGCUCCUCCCAUGAAUUCCUGGUACCAUGGACGUCUCGAAAGACGAUUGGCAGAAGAGAGAUUAAGAACUGCCGGAUGUUACGGCAGCUAUCUAGUAAGAGAAAGCGACAGAAAGCCUGGCUCAUACGUCCUCUCUUUCUUAGGCCGGACAGGAAUUAAUCAUUUCAGAGUGACAGCUUUGUGCGGGGAUUACUAUAUCGGUGGCAGGGAGUUUUACAGUUUGGGUGACCUAAUCGGUUAUUAUACUCAUAGAUCUGAUUUAUUGAAGCAGGAAAGACUUACAAAUCCUGCAGCACCACCAGAGCCAGUGAACGACCAAGUUAAAGUUGUUGCUAUCUUGCCAUAUAAUCAAAUACCAGAGACUGAUGAAUUAAGCUUUGAAAAAGGUGAAGUAUUUUUGGUACACAACGAUUUGGGAGACGGAUGGUUGUGGGUAACAUCCCAAUCUACGGGCCUUAGCGGUAUUGUAAAUAAAGGAUUAGUUCAGGAGAUUAAAGGACAAUCAGAUCCUAUUGAAUCUUUUGACUGGUUUCAUCCCAAUAUAUCUAAAUCAAAGGCAGCUGAAAAAUUAAAAGAAUCUGGUUCUAAUAGUUUUCUAGUCAGACCAAGUGAAUCAAAAAUUGGCCAUUAUUCUUUAUUUUUCUACUGCAAUCAUACUGUUCAACGUUUUAGAAUUGAAAAAAUUAACGGAAAAUAUUACAUGGGUGGACGCUAUUUUGAAUGCGUUUCUGAUGUUAUAGAACGUUAUAAAAAAGAACAAAUUCUUCUUGGACAUUGUCUAGAGCACGCUGUUUUGCGGACAAGAGACGAAGAAAGUGAUAAUCUAUCACGAUGUUCUUUUACAAGAAGUUCCGGUUCAAAUUUCUUUUUGAAUCGAAAGGACCACAUUGUCAUAAAUGGCUACCUGCAGAAGAAGAGCGCUAAAGACUCGAAAAAAUGGAAAACUUAUUAUUUUGUAUUAAACGGAACUGAACGCCAUUUGUAUUUUUUUGAAAACGAUAAGAGAUCAAAGCCAAAAGGCCUAAUAGAUGGCAACUACUCUAAUUUGUAUCCGGUUCACGAGAGCCUGUUUGGUAGACCAAAUUGCUUUCAAAUUAUUCAAAAAAGUUUCAAUCAUCAGGCUGUUUUUUAUUUAUGCGCCGAAAGCUCGGAUAUUUGCCAGCAGUGGAUCCUUUCCUUGAAGGCCUAUUGCCAGAAUACAGUAACAAGAAUUUUGAAGAAUAGUUCUGUUGUUGUACUUACACAGUUGCGUAGUUUGAAUAUUUCUAUAAAAGACGCAAAGAAACUUGGACCGAAAACGCAGGCUUAUUGCGUUCUUAAUUUAAACGACGUUAAAGUUGCAAGAACUUCUGUAAAAGGGGGACCAGAUGCUGUUUGGGAUGAAGACUUCCUUAUAGAAGACUUACCGAAAGAUAUAGAAAGUUUAACAAUAAACGUCUAUUGUAAGGGUAGAAUGAAAGAUUCUCUAAUGUUUAGCGUUCACGAAAAUCUAUAUAAUUUAACAUCAGUCGCUAAGCAUGAUUGGUACGACUCGUGUGAUUGCGGUUCCAUAAGACUUAUUCUCACUUAUCUCCAAGAAACUAUUAUGCCCUCAAAGGAAUAUAGCGCUAUUAAGCAAAUUAUUUUGGAGUUUGAAAAUGUGAAAAUUCUCUCCGAACUAAUGCAAUCCGAUACGGAACGAAAAUCUUUUGCCAACGCCAUUCUACAAGUUUUUAGGCAGGAGAAAAAGGAGGAGAAACUCUUAGAAUACUUUACGAGCGAUGUCAUAAAGGCAGAACAGUACGUCACAACACUGUUCAGGGCCGAUUCCAUGGCAACGACGCUCAUGUGUCAAUAUAUGAAAAUGACUGCCAUGCAAUUUGUAAAAUCAGCCUUGACCAAUACAAUUGAAAAGGCCACUGACGGAAAAACCGACCAAGUCGAACUGUUAAAAGAGACUCUUAACUCUAUUUUUCAGACGGUUGAAAAGUGUCCUCCUGUUAUCAGGUUUAUUUGCUAUAAAAUGAGGCAUAAAGCUGGUCAAAAAUGGCCCGAAGACGAUCGAGUUCGAACUUGUGUAGUUACAGCUUUUAUUUUUUUAAGAUUACUAUGCCCCGCCCUUCAUAAUCCGAAGGCGUUCAAUCUGGUCACAGAAGCACCUCAUGCAGAAGCUAGGAAUACUUUACUAGCCGUAACGAAGAGCCUACAAAAGUUAUCUAAUCUCAGUCAAAAUGUUGAUUCUCUACCGUUCGGAGCAUCGUUCGUAAGAAACAAUCAGGAAACUAUGAAGCAGUUGGCUGAGGCCAUUUGUGUUAAGGAAUUAGACAGGGAAAAUGACAGAAACGUGUCAAUAGACGUCGCCAGAAAUCUAGCCAAAAUACAUCAAUGUUGUUCCGCCAGAUAUGAACAAUUAAAGGAGAUGUCAAAAAAUUCGGACGAGGUGAAAAAAAUACUGAUUGUAGUCGAUAUGCUGAAUAAGCAUAAGGAUCAUUAUAUAAAUGAAUGUAAUAAUUCUUAUGCCCGGUGAAUUUUUGUUUGUUUUUGCUAUGCAGCCGUGUGCCAUUCAAAGAACAAAAAGUAUUUUUCUGGAUUUUUUAUUAUUCUUUGUCAUUGUGAUUCUUUUAUUUUCUUUUUUUCAUGUUUUUUCCUCUUUAUUUGUGAAAUUUAAUACAGUAAGCAUUCUUACUGAUGGACUUAUUUUCUUUCGUUCAUUCCUCUUACCCAGCUCUUUCUGUCUGUCUGUCUGGCGGCUCUCUACCUCUCGCACAGACAGCACUACAGCUCUUUUAUCAAUUACAUACUGGUACUCAACUAUUAGUUAGUAAAGGCAGGCAAAUACUCAUUUCCUUCCCUUUACUCUUGCUAAGGUUGAAAUGAGAAAAAUUGACAUUGAAUUAGCCAUCAUCGUCAGUCUUUCAAUGAACUGAAUGGCUAAAAGAUCU